UCGAUGCACGGUGUGUCAUGCGUGUCGCCGCGCACUGAUUGGCGCAGGCUACGGCGGCGUCAUUUUCGAAUCGGCCUUGUCGAGGAUGCCACCCAAAGCGCAACCAAAGGCGUCCUUCUACGCCUCGCUGCCACGCUUUGACGUGCACAACAACGAGGAGCGGCCGACGCGAUUGCAGCAAGAGCGACUCGCGUGGGAGCUCGUCGAGGCGGCGACGACCGGUAAUCUGAAGCAGCUGCUCGAGGCCGUGCAACACCGCGCCGACCUCGACUGUCGCUAUAAUGGCUGCACACCUCUCUACUACGCAGCCAAGCACGGCUUUACGCCGCUCGUGCGGUGCCUCCUCUCGUACGGCGCGCGGGUCGAGACACGCAACCUCAAAGCACGCACGGCGCUCAUGAUUGCAGCGAGCCGAGGCCAUUUCGAGACGGUCCUCGCGCUUCUCCACGCCGGCGCCAAGCCCACGACAAAGGACGCGGCGGGCGAGACGGCGCGGCUCUUGGCGCUGCGAAACGGCCAUCCGGACGUCGUCGACGCCCUCGACAUGCAUGCGCACCCGGCCAUGACGCGCGCGGCGACCAUCGCGUUGAAGCUCCAGCGCCUGCACCAGAGUGGACGCUAAUUCUACCGUAGGUUACGAAAAUAAGAAAAAUAUAAAUCGAACAAGUGCGCAUCUCGCCGCCUUGCUACGGACCCACCCGGUUAUACACGCAGCGAUGAAGCGUCGCCAUGUCGUCUCGCCAUGUGCUUGCCGAUGCGCUCAGUCCAUACGAGUACUGCAGCCUCGUUCGCAGUCGCGGUGAUUCCGGAGACCGUCCAGCACGUCCGUCCAGCGAUGCACCAGAACCAGUGCGAUACCAGAGCUCGUUUAGUAGAAACAGAGCUCGUCUAGUAGAUUCAAUUGCCGUAGUGUACUGGCGUUGGUGGUGCGGUUGGCGCCAAAUCGGCAAAUU